AUAGAGACAGCCAACGGCGUGCGGGGAUGGAUGCUGGCGGCGCUGCACCGCCCGACGGGGCGGGGGCCUGGCAGGGAGGCGGCUGCGCCGCCGCCCCUCGGCGGGAUCCCAGUGGGGAGCGGUGCGGGCGGCGAGCGCGGAGCCAGCCCUUGCCCUGCGCUGGCCCACGCCGUCGCCAUGACCCUCACCAAAGGCUCCUUCACCUACUCCAGCGGGGAGGAGUACCGCGGCGAGUGGAAGGAAGGUCGCAGGCACGGCGUCGGCCAGCUGACGUUUGCGGACGGCACCGCUUACGUGGGGCACUUCGAGAACGGGCUCUUCCACGGCUGCGGCGUGCUCACCUUCUCCGACGGCUCCAGGUACGAGGGGGAGUUUGUGCAGGGCAAGUUCAGCGGCGUCGGCGUCUUCACCCGCUACGACAACAUGACCUUCGAGGGCGAGUUCAAAGGCGGGCGCGUGUACGGCUUCGGUCUCCUGACGUUCCCGGACGGCUCGCACGGCGUCCCCCGCAACGAGGGCUUCUUCGAGAACAACAAGCUGCUGCGGCGCGAGAAGUGCCCGGCCGUGAUCCAGAGGGCCCAGAGCGCCUCCAAGUCCGCGCACAACCUCACGGCCUGACGGCGCCGCCGGCUCCGCGCUUGCCGGGGCCGCCGAGGUGCCUUCCGCCGGCGACGGCAGCGCCGGCAUCCCCCACGCUGGGCGCCGCGCCGCCUGGGCUCGGGGAUGGGGACGGGGCGGCCGGGCGCCUCGGCCGCGGGGCGGCGGGCAG